AUAAACUUUUCCCCAGUAAAGGUUUACAGGAAAAUUAAUACUAAAUCGUGGAUACAGUCAUACAGGCCAUUUAAAUGCAAGUUUUUCCAUCCAGCACUCUAUUACAUUAAAUAGCAUACACCCCAAGGUAGCGCUUAGCCCUAGCACUUGCCCAGGUUAGAGAAAUGGCCUCAACAGUUUCCACCAAGCCUCAUGCCGUAUGUGUGCCCUUCCCUGCACAGAGCCACAUCAACGCCAUGGUUCAGCUUGCCAAGCUCCUCCACACCAGAGGUUUCCACAUAACCUUUGUCAACACAGAGUACAACCACCAAAGGCUUCUCAAAUCAAGAGGCUCCGAUCCAUCGAUGGGCGUCGACGGCUUUGUCUUCGAUUGCAUCCCAGACGGCUUGCCACCCGUCGAAAUCGAGGCCACACAAAGUGUUCCUGAUCUUUGCUACUACACAAGGUUUAGUUGUGUGGCUCCAUUCAGGGAGCUUUUGGCAAGGCUGACUGACUCGGAUGUGCCACCUGUGAGCUGCGUUAUCUCGGACACGGCCAUGAACUUCACACAGCAGGUUGCAAUUGGAUUCGGCAUCCGAAGGAUCGCCUUCUAUCCUGCCAGUGCUUCUAGCUUUUUGGCUUUCCUUCAGUACCCUGAACUCCAGGAGAGGGGUUACAUCCCUCUCAAAGAUGAAAGCCAACUUAACAAUGGGUACCUUGAGACUCCUCUAGACUGGAUUGAUGGAAUGCUGGGCAUCCGGCUCAGGGACAUGCCCAGCUUAAUACGGACCACAGAUCCCAAUGACAUUAUGCUCCAAUUCUGCACAGUUGAGUCUCAGUUGGCCACCACUGCCUCUGCAAUGAUCAUCAACACCUUUGAUCACUUAGAAGCAACAAUUCUCAAAAUUCUAUGCUCCAGAGUGCCAUCGAUAUACACAAUAGGUCCCUUGCACACACUCAGUCGCAAGAUCUCCGAUCCAAAGCUACAUUCAAUAGAGUCCAACUUAUGGAUAGAAGACACUUCAUGUCUCGAGUGGCUCGACAACAAGCAGCCACAGUCUGUGCUGUAUGUGAACUUCGGCAGCAUCACAGUGGUGACAUCAAAGCAACUUGAGGAGUUUGCUUGGGGCCUUGCAAAUAGCAAGAUGCCAUUCUUGUGGGUCAUUAGGCCCGACCUAGUGAGGGAGGAGGGUGCAAGAUUGCCACAAGGAUUUGCAGAGGAGACCAAGGAGAGGGGGAUAGUCGCGACUUGGUGCAACCAAGAGCAAGUUCUUGGGCACCGAGCAAUUGGAGGAUUUCUGACACAUAGCGGGUGGAAUUCGACAAUGGAGAGCAUUUGUAAUGGCGUUCCCAUGAUAUGUUGGCCAUUUUUUGCGGACCAACAGACAAAUUGCUAUUUGGCAUGUGCAGUCUGGGGAAUCGGCAUAGAGAUCGACAACAAUGUGAAGAGAGAGGAGGUUGAGGCUCAUGUGAAGGAGUUGUUGCAGGGAGAUAAGGGGAAGGAGAUGAGAAAGAUGGCCAUGAAGUGGAAGGAGCUUGCAGAGAAUGCCAUUGAAGGAGGGUCCUCAAUCAACAAUUUGGACAGGCUUGUGACACAAGGACAAUUGAAAUUGUCUUAAGUAGUUGUCAAAGCGCGGGUUUAAUUGGUUAGCGCUUGACGAUUUGCAAUGCUACGUUCUAAGCUCAAUCCCUAUGACUUAGCCAAAAGAAACAAAAAAUAAAUAUGUUAAGUUUCUUUAUAUACUUGAUUUCCAAUUAAAACAACAUUUUAAACUCUGAUUCACAGUUUAUAACUGGAUUUGGGGCAUUCAAGAAGUGUUGUUCUAUAGGAGAAAGCAAACGUAUUUAGAAAUUUAUUCUAUAACGACCACAAGUUGGUCA